AUGGAUUUGGCUUGGCAUAGAUGUAAUAUUCAUUAUUAUUUACGGGAAAAAUACUAUGGUAAUGUUAAGAAAAUUUCAAACGAAGCGUUGCAACAAAAUCCUAGGAACUCAGAAUUUAUUUUCUAUACUGGAAUUGCAUUGAUAUUAGAAGGGCAAGUUCAUAAAGGGAUUUCUGAACUAACUCCGCUCCAAUCAGACAGUGAGAUACAAUUGGCAGUGAUCAUUGCUCUAGUUUAUGCAUACAAAGUUUCUAAUUUACCAGAAAAAGAGGUGUUGUUCAAUUUAGAAUCAAAAUUGAAGGAAGAAAAGAAACAUGCAAGCAUAACUUCAUAUUACUAUUCAGCUUUGUUUUUAUCAUUAGCAGAAAUGAAUGAAAAAGCAUCUGACUAUUUAAAUAAAGUAUUUAGAAAAGAUCCUAAUAAUUUAGAUUCUAUAAUUCUGAAGGGAUGGAAUGACCUGGGCUUGAGUCAGGAAAAAUCGCCGAAAUCCACUAUAGAAUGUUUAGAAGCAGCUAUCAGAAAAAGUGAUAACAGUAUUGAAGCACUGCUUGGGUUGGCAAAAUUGAAAUAUCUAGCAAAGGACUAUGAUGCAUCAAAUUUAACAUUAGAUAGACUGAUUAUUAACAACUCAGGGCAAGUAGUACCCCUUGUUGAGAAAAUGAAAAACGAAUUUGCAAUGCAGAAAUGGGAAGCGGUUUUCGAUACAUUAGAAAGAAUAUUUUCUAUAGAUCCAGAUAAUGUUGAGGGCUUGAAAAUGAGAAUAUAUCUUGCACUUGGUAAACGAUCUGAUUAUAUAGAAGCAGCUGAUCAAUUGAACCGCUUUUUUGGUAUACUCGAAAUUGAAGAAAGCCAUAAUGGACAUCAGUUUUACUAUACUGCUCAAAUCUUUUCUAGAAUUUGUGGGAGGUCAAGUGCAGUUUUGUCUCAAGCUUAUAGAUUUGCCCAGUAUGCUUCAGAAAUGUAUUCAAAUAAUGUUGACUAUCUCAGUGAAGUUGGCUACCAGUGUAUCCUUCAGGCAAAAUAUAAAGACGCACUGAGUUUCUUUAGAGCUGCAAGUAAAUUGGACAAUAAUUCCAUCACAGCACUCUGUGGAUUGACUCUCUGCCAAAUGUUAGAGAAUGGUCCGACAGAUCAAAUAACCCAACAAAUUGAAUUACUUUUUGAGAUGCAAGGAACAGAAAAGCUACCACUUCUAUACUUGUUGUCUGCCCAACUAAAUAUCAAGAACUCAUCUAAUGCAGUACCAUUGUUAAACACAGCCUUUGAAACAAAAUUAAAUUUAGCCUCUCGCAAUCCCAUGAGUUUAAUUUACAUUAAGGACUUAGACCCAGAUUUUGUUUUAGAAAUUUACAAAGAGUACAAAAAGCAUUUACCAAAGAAGCCAUUUGUUAUCAUUGGGUAUCUGCUUUAUUCUCAAGAAGGAAACAUCCCUGUUGUAAUCCAGUGUUUUAAAAUCUUAAAUGCUGUUUGUGAAGCUUGCUCAGGUUUGAUACCAGGCUUAUUUGAAUUGGCUAAAUUGAAAUUUCUUUUCGGAUAUGCUAUUGAAGCUGAAAAAAUUGCUCAACAAAUCGCUGAGUUGGACAAUACACAUGCUGGUAGUCAGAUUUUACUAUCACAAAUUUAUAUACAACAGCAAGAAUAUGUUAAAGCUGAACAAUGCUUAGAAAUUUGUCUGAGUUACAAUUUCAAAGUUAGAGAUAGCGCAAUGUACCAUUUUAUAAAUGCAAUAGUUUUAAAAAGCAAAGACAAAUUACAAGAUGCUUUGUCAAGCUUCUUGACAAGUCUUCAGAUAGCAACUAGUAAAAGCAACAUGAGCAGAACAUUCGAUUCAGACUUGAACAUUAUUGAUAAAGCUACUUUGUAUCUACAAAUCAUUGAGAUACACACAGCUUUAGGGCAAAUUGGGGAAGCGGGCAAAGCCAUGCAGGAAGCAAUUCAAGAAUUUUCAUAUACAUCAGAAGAAACUCGGCUGUUAAUAUCACGUGCUGACUUGGCUCUGAAUCAAGGGGAUAUUGACAGUGCAAUUGACAUCUUAAAUGAGAUAAAGCCCGGACAGCCAUAUUAUUUUCAAGCCCACAGCAAACUGGCACAUAUUUACUUGAAAAAUAAGAAAGACAGAGCCAUGUUUACGACAUGUUUUAAAGAGAUUGUCAGUAAUCAUCCAAUGACCGAUGCCCAUACAAUGAUGGGAGAUGCUUUUAUGUCGAUUCAAGAUCCAGCACAAGCGGUGGAGUCAUACGAGACCGCCCUGAGAGGCAACCUCGGGGACCUACAGCUCACUAAAAAACUCGGCGCAGCUUUGUUCAAGAUGCACGAAUACGACAAGGCCGUGCAGCACUAUGAGAACGCGAUGAAAACCUUCAACGACGACGAACUUAAAUUUGAAUAUCUCGAUCUACUCAUCAGAUUAAAACAAUACGAUAAAGCGGACACGACUAUAUCUUCGGAACUGAAUCAGAUGUACAAUAAAGAGAAAGAUAUCGGCACACUGAGGCGGCGUGUCCGAUUGCUACUUAAGCAGGCGAAAUGUAGAGAACUGAAAACUCCGACUCCGGGAAACGUCAAUUUAAUAUUAGCCGAAGCAAAAGAAUUGCAGUUAUCGAUCGUCAAAAGACUAGAGAUAGACUCGAAGGCGGAUCUGCAGGAGGAGAGGAGGCAGCUUUCGAACAUAUUGUGCGCUUUGGCAAAGUUCAAAAGCAUGAGGGAGCCGGCUGUCGCGGCUAAUUUGUAUUCUGAGGCCCUAAUUCAUACUCCCCGCGAGCCGAGCACGCUGCUGGCCCUAGCUAAGCUGUACGCGCAGAUGAAUAAUCCAGAAAAGUGCGAGCAAACUUGUGCAGUUUUAUUGAACGCAGAUCCGAAUAAUGAAUCUGCGGCAGUCAUGAUGGCAGACCUGGCGUUUCGUAAGGUGGAUCUAGAAACAGCCCAACGGCAUCUGAACCAGAUCUUAUCGGUGAAGCCGACGAGCUGGGAGGCUCUCGCGCAGCUUGUCGAGGUGCAGUGGAGACGCGGGAAACUCAGCGAAGCCGAACAGGCCUUGGAACUCGCCAAGCAACACCUCGACGAUCCGGACGACCCGGGCUACAAGUACUGCGCGGGCGUGUGCGCGGCGUACGGCGGCAAGUGCAACGCGGCGCUGCGGGCGCUGAACGCGGCGCGCGGGGGGGCGCGGUGGGGGGCCGCGGCCGCCGCGCGCAUGGUGCUGCUGUGCCUGUCGCAGCACGCGCCGCUGCCGCCGCCGGAUAACCUCACCGCCUCCGCUGAUGACGCUGAUACGCGUCUACUAGCUUUACGGACCGCCGAAAAGCUUCUCGUCGAAGUGAAUCCAGCUGAACGGAAACCUCUGCAGGCGCUCCUCCAGCUGGCGACCAAGAACAAGGGCCAGGCGGAGCGGGUGCUGCAAGACUUGCUACCCCUGGUCACCGAGGACGGCUACCAGGACGACCCUUACGUCGUGCUGGCCAUCGCUAAUGCAUACAAUAUAACAAAACAGCCGACGCGCGCGAAGAACAUCCUCAAAAGAACUAUUUCGUCCAUCGUGUGGUCGCCGGAGAAGGCCGAUGGACUCGAAAGAUGCUGGCUGGAAGUGGCUGAGGGACAGAUAAGUUCCGGAAGGACGGACGCUGCCAAAGAACUGCUCACGAAAAUCUUAAACCACAACAACUCUUGUGCUAGAGCCUACCAAUAUCUAGGUCAAAUAGCGGAGAAGGAGCAGAAUUACAAGAGCGCGGCGCACAACUACGACAACGCGUGGAGCCACGCCGGCCGCGGCGACCUGUCCGUCGGCUACAAGCUGGCGCAUUGUUAUUUGAAACUCAAGAAGUACCCGGAAUGUAUAAUCGUAUCGCGAUACAUACUGAAGGUGCAUCCCGACUAUCCGAAGAUCAAGAAGGAGAUUUUAGAGAAAGCUAAAGCGAAUUUGAGGACGUGAAUUAAACGAAAUGUAGAAAUGUAACAAUAUUUUGUACAUUUUUAAAGUGAAACUUCUUUAGAAUCGUUGGGUGUGAUUUCAAACUCGAUGAAACGAAAAAAUGAAACGUGAAGUUUUAAAUAUCAA